GCGUAUGUUCAGCACUGCGGUGAUUGGUGACUUCAUUCACGUGACCCGAGGCUGCUCGCAGUCAUGUGACUUAGCCUCCUGCUGCCGUACGUCUUCUUUGAAACGUCAGCCCGGACGCUUGCUAGGCGAUAAUGUCACGGUGAAUUAAUUGAUUUUAAAGGUCUCCAAUCUAUUAUGUGAACAAUUUCAAACGGGGUUUGAGUCCAAUUUACCUAUCGUUUUUUCAUGAUAUAUGCUCCCGUUGCAAUCCACCUGAAGAAUGAGAAGCAUGUCUGGCAUUUUGUCAUGCCGUAACAGUUAGCAAGUGAAAACAACUUAUUUGGAAUGAGAGGGGGAGCUUCCUGUCCCACAACAGGAAUGCCGGGUGGAGAGUACGGGGAGUUUGGGGGCAGCCUCCCUGCCAUCGCCUCCCUGAACGCCUCCUACUCCACAUCCCUGUCCAUCCCUUCCCCGUACCUGCUGCUCCCCCCUGCAGAGCGCAAAGCCAUCUCCGACGUCCGCCGCACCUUCUGCCUCUUUGUCACCUUCGACCUCCUCUUCAUUUCACUUCUCUGGAUCAUAGAGCUGAAUAUCUCCAGCACAAUCUGGGACAGUUUGGAAAAAGAGGUCGUCCAGUAUAACUUCAGGUCUUCCUUCUUUGACAUAGUUCUCCUCGCCGUGUUCCGCUUCCUGUGUCUACAAGUGGGCUACGCAGCUUUUCGUUUGAAGCAUUGGUGGGUUAUCGCGGUGACCACUCUGGUGACCAGCGUCUCCCUCGUCGUCAAGGUCAUCGUGUCUAGUCUCCUGUCCCAGAAUGCCUUUGGCUACGUUUUGCCCAUCACUUCGUUUGUGGUAGCCUGGCUGGAGACGUGGUUUCUCGACUUCAAGGUUCUCACCCAGGAAGCCGACGAUGAAAGAGCUUACCUGGCGGCCGUCAACGCAGCCUGCGAACGAGCCCCCAUGAUCUACCCCCGCCCCGUGUCGGACGGGCAGUUCUACUCUCCGCCUGAAUCCGUUGCAGGCUCUGAGGAAGAUCUGGAUGAGGAGGGGCUUGGCCGCAGAGCUGUCACCGCUCAGGAGAAGGAGUAUGUCAGACAGGGUCGGGAGGCCCUGUCGGUGGUAGAGCAGAUCCUCACUCAGGAGGACAACUGGAAGUUUGAGAAAAACAACGACAAGGGAGACUCUGUCUACACUCUGGAAAUUCCAUACCACGGAAAAACCUUUAUUCUCAAGGCUUUAAUGCAGUGUCCUGCCGAGCUGGUGUAUCAGGAAGUGAUUUUACAACCAGAGAAGAUGGUUCAGUGGAACAAAACGGUUUCCGCCUGCCAGGUCCUUCAGAGGGUCGAUGACAACACUCUGGUGUCAUAUGAUGUCUCCUCUGGUGCUGCUGGGGGAGUCGUGUCUGCGAGGGACUUUGUUAAUGUUCGGAGGGUGGAGCGCAAGCGAGACUGCUACCUGUCUGCUGGCAUGGCAACCAACCACGACUCCAAGCCCCCCUGUGGCCGCUACGUCAGGGGAGAAAAUGGCCCUGGAGGCUUUGUGGUCCUCAAAUCCAGCUGUAACCCAUCUGUCUGCACCUUUAUCUGGGUCCUCAACACAGACUUGAAGGGCCGUCUGCCCCGCUACCUCAUCCACCAGAGCCUGGCUGCCACCAUGUUUGAAUUCAUGUCCUAUUUACGGCAGCGAAUCGCCGAGCUGCGGCCUUCCCACCACUCCCACCUCCAUCACCACAUUUAAAGUGGGUCAGAUGCCCUGGGAGGGCGCACCACCCUUCUUUGAAGGCCCCCGGAACGAGCGCAGCAGCUCCUCUGAGACCCCCCUGGUCCCACUGUAACUGAGAUGAGGAGCACUAAGGGUUAGCAAGGACUGAAAGACUGUGUUUCUUCGCCUCCUUUGUAAUUCUUUUAAACCACGAUCACAUGCACAUUUAUUGUGUGGACCUUCGACCUCUCGUUCUGUCUCACCAUGCACACAAAGACUCGACGCACACUUGACUGAAACAAGAAGACUCCUAGUAGGGAAGUGUCACAGAAGAACCGUUGCAGUGGCACCGCUAAAAAUGGUGUUCAGCACAUCAUCUCUUGUCCACAGUCUCCUAAAAGUUUCUCAGUUUUACGACUACAACUACACUUUGCAGCUGAACUUUCUACCAAACACUUGGUUUAAGGGGCUUCCAAGUGCCUGCUCACCACUAGAGGGAGACGCCACUGGUGGACACAGUCAAAGCCUCUCUGCUCUGUCCCACCUCCUUUUCCCAAGUGCAAGAAAGUCUGCCAGCUAUCAUUUAGCUAUUACAGGGGCAAAGAAAACGCAGCUUUUAUGAUAUCAAUGAAAAAGACUGUGAUUAGCAUGCUUUAGUGUGACUGAACCUUUUGUUUUGUGUGUGUGUGCCAAUAACCUUUAUGUGAGGAGCUGAAAUAAUUACCAAUCAUAGGAAAGGGGGGAAAAAAGCUGACCACUUCCCUACUGACGGUCUUUCAGGGCCUGGGAUUAAAGAUAAAACUGUAAUUCGACCUAACAUAGCUCGGGGCCUUGUAGAAACCUCCACAGCUUCAGUGUCACAUCAGUCUUCAUAUCAGUGUUAUGAUGUGACUCACGGUUCCUAGUUAAAUCGCUCAUGAAAUGUGGCUGAAAGCUGAGGUUUGGCCUUUGGUUCAAGAUACAGACUUGAACCAGAGACAGAGAGUUUGUUGUGCUUUCAAUAGAGAGGCCCGAAACGGCUUUGCUCAUUCCUAUUAAAGGAGCAUAUUGUGGAUUUGACUGUGAUAUCCACAUGGUCCUGAGGAAUUUUACUUUAUGGUCUCUGUUGACUCUGCAGUCAUAGUUGGAAAUGAUUUAUGCUCAUGAAGUCUACAUAUGUGGUUAUCGAUAUUAAAUGGCAAAUUUUUCAGGAUUGAUUCUUUAGCUGCAUACAUAAGAGAAUGUUGAAAAGAAAUAUAUGUGCCUUUAUGACAGCAAUAUUACACAUCAGCCUUGUCUUUUGCUACACGUCUGAUUCAUGCAGUUUAAUUUCAAGUGUCUUUAUCCAAACUGUACUGAAUACAAACAAAGCCUACUUUGAGUGUUUAAGUUACUGUUUUCUGCUGAAAAGCUUUUCAAUUGAUUUGUCAUCAAGCAUGCUUAAAGCCAUCACAACUGACCAACUGUUUUUACUGAGUCUUAACCAUGUCUUAUGUCUAAUAAACUAAUGGAACUCG